AUGCCCCGUCAUUGGGUUACGGACGACGACACCGAGUCUGAGUCCGAAUUCUCAGAGACGGAUGUUUCCUUCCACCGUCCUGGACGUCGCACAUCAGUCAAACGUCGUUCGUUCUCUCGCACUCGACGCCAUAGCCCAAGCUCUAAUGCCUUCUUGAGCCCUGUUGCCAUCGCUUCCCCGGUCCGCCGCUCCGCCUCCACGGGAGGCAGGCGCCGCCGAGGAGACGAUCCGAUCGUGGUGGUCGAUGUUCAUAACGAUGUCCAUGCCAAGCAGGACUCUCGAGAUCAUCGUCGCAGCAAAAUCGAGCAACGGAUGGCACGAGAAGAUGACAUUGAAGAAAUCGACAUUAUCCGCAGUCACCGACGUCCCAGAAUCAUCGCAGAUGUCCCUGCCUCUCGUACCCCGUCACCUCGUCAGCAACAGCGUGACUGGGAACUACUCAUGGACCAGCGUAUACUUGCCAAAAAUGAUAUCCGUCAAGACUUGGAGCUUGCCAAGCAGCAACAGGAGAUUGAACGUUUGGAGCGACAGAUAGCUAAGAGCCGAGAGCAACGUCGCGACGAGCGACACGGCUCUGUCUCCCGUCGCCGUCUCGCCGAAGAGGAACUCUGGGAGGACGAGCUUGCCGAACGACUGCGUAAACUUGAACUACUAGAACGGGCGAAGCGCAGUGAGGAGGAAGACAGACUUGUUGAUUAUCGUUCCAAGAUCAAGAAACUGGAAGAAAUAGAGCGAGAACAACGCACUGCGGAAGAACAAAAGCUUGCUGACUACCGGGCUAAAGUCAAGCGGCUCGAAGAAGCGGAGCGAAAGGCGGCCGAAGAAGAGGAAGCCCGACGCUUGGCUAAGAUCAAACGGCUGGAAGAAAUGGAGCGAAAGGCCGCAGAAGAAGAGGAGGCUAAGCGUUUGGCUCAGGAGAAGCACUUGAAGGAAAUCGAAAAGAGAGAGAAGAUCAAGGCUGAAAGGGAUCGAAUCAUCAAGGAGAUCAAAGAUGAGGAAGCUCGCAAGGCCCUAGAGGAGGAACAGCGGAAAAAGGAGCUUGCUGAACUCAAGAGGAAGGCCAUUAUGGAGUGGCAACAGGCCGAGGAAGCACGAAAAUUGAAAGAGAUUGAGGAGCAAAAGGCAAAGGAUAAGGAGUUCCGAGAGAGACUGAAGCUUGAGUUUGGAUACAGCGAGGAGGAGAUUGAGAAGAUGCUCAAGAAGAAGCAUGAGCAGCAAGAGAAGAAAGAGGAAAAGAAGGAGGGUGCAAUUGUCGUUUUGGAGCCUCCGCGAGAAAAGACAACGUUCAUCAGGGUCCACCGCAAGUACUUGCUUCCUGCAACAUUGGAUGCAUACAAACUUCCAUGGGACUGGGAUGAUCGCGACGGAAAUUACAUUAUCAUCAAACAAUGGAUCUCUGAAGAUUUCCAGGAGGAACUAUUUGCGCAUACUCGUCGACUCCGUGGUCACGGUGGUGGCAAGCUCAUUGAAGAGACAUCGACCACCCUUACCGAAUUGAAGGUCAACGACCGCAAGCGGGAUAAGAUGUAUCUGGUUCGGAAGAAGAAUCCUGGAAAAUCUUGGAUUUUUACAUAAUUCUAAAUCCUUCUUUCAUGCUUUGGGACUUAUUUGGAGUUCCUUGGAUGUUUGAUUAACGAGAUAUGACUUUCUGAUUUGACUUUGUUUUUUUUUGUUGGGUUGAUACUCUUCUUUCACUUUGGAUACGAUGUCUGUUUACUUGCUUCAUGUGAUAUAUUUAGCAAAGCUUGAUUACAUAUAUGGAUAUAUCGAUGUUAUGAUGUUGAAAUCAACUAUCGAUUUCGGUGAUGUUACAAAUAGUAUUUCACAGAGCAGAGUUCUAACCC